AUGGAGUCACCCCCGCUGCGGGUGGCAGUGGUGUGCUCAAGUAACCAGAACCGCAGCAUGGAGGCACACUACAUCCUCAGCAAACGAGGUUUUAAUGUCCGUUCCUUUGGCACAGGAAGCUGCAUGAUGUUUUGUGGACCAGCAUGCAAGAAGUCAAACGUUUAUGAUUUCAAAACCACAUAUGAGAAGAUGUACAACGAUCUCCGUAAAAAAGAUCGAGAUUUCUAUACGCAAAAUGGCAUCUUACAUAUGCUGGAUAGAAACAGGAGAAUCAAGCCCCAGCCAGAAAGGUUCCAGGAAUGCAGAGAUCAGUUUGACCUGAUCUUUACCUGUGAAGAGCAAGUAUAUGACCGAGUUGUGGAAGAAAUGUAUUCUAGAGAGCAAGAGACCUGCCAGCCAGUGCACGUGAUCAACAUAGACAUCAAGGACAACCCAGAAGACGCCACCCUGGGGGCAUUCCUCAUCUGCGAGAUGUGCCAGUGCUUCCAGUACACAGACGAUAUGGAGAAUGACAUGGACUUGCUGCUGCAGGACUUCGAGAGGAGGAAAGGCCGGUCCUUCCUGCACACCGUCUGCUUCUACUGAAGGUAUUCUGCCCGUGGAUGAAAGCAGUAACCAAUCAACUGUACAACUGAAAUGAGAAGAUACACGUAGCUGCCGGAUUAAGGACCAUCAACUUUUUACUAUCCCACUUUUACUUUUCGUGUUAUGUUAUUUAUGAAGUUUUUCUUCUUUGACCAAUAAAUAAAAUAAGUUCAUAGUGCAUCUUUCCCUGA